GGGCAUUUUUUAUCUACUACGUUCAUUAAUAAAAUACCUACGUAAAAUUUUGGUUCUAAGUUGAUUCAUGAAAGACACUACACCAUACAAAUGUGUUUGAGACGUGUUAUUUGUGUACAAUAUUCACCUGUACGAUGUUGAGAAAUUGCAGGCGACAGUUUUGGAUAUUUUUCGUAACGUUUUUGAAGAUAUGCUUUUGCGAAGAAGAUUUAACCGAAUUGACUCAGAAAAUGAUCGAUGCCAAAAUCAUACCACAUUUUAUUCCAGUGCCUCCAAAGCAUAAAUUAAAAAUUUAUUACCCUAUUGGACCUCGAGAACGAGAAGUUAUCACCGGAGAACCAUUGAGAAGAUGGGAAAUUGUAGAUCAACCUCGAUUAGACUUUCCCAGGGAUAACGCAACAAAAUAUUACACUGUUUAUAUGGGCUCUGUCCAUGAACCUGUUCCUGAACGAGAGUUUGAUUUUUAUGGCGAUACGUUACCACCUGAUUACCCCAUUCCUACAACCGAUGAACCGCCCGCUAUUCAGCAAAUCGAGCAUUGGAUUGUAAUCAACGUGAAGAGAAAUUACGUGUAUGGUGGCAACAUCAUGUUCGAUUACAUUCAUCCUGGCAAAGCGCCAAAAAAUGUCACUGAAUAUUUCCCAAUAGUUGUUUUCCGUCAACCAGGACGAAAGAAGAUGAAAUUCGCCUCAGAUGAAAUAAAAGACGAUCCUGGGUACGAUUUUGGACCAUUUCAUACGAUAGAAAAAUUCGCCAAGAAGUAUAAUUUAGGUGAUCCAUGGGCAGCAGAUUUCUUCACCACAGCGAAGGUCAACUUUUUCAAAUUUAGAGAUGAUUGUAAAUAAAUAAUUUGUUUUUUA